AUUUUCAUCAUACAUUUCACAUCAAUAGAUAAAAUAUAUACUUUAUAGUUAUCUAUUCAGAGCUGUUUCUCUUGAAAUCAAAUAUUUACAAAAUAUAAAAACUUAUAUAGGAAUAACGGAAACAAAAUUAUUAUAAUUUCGAUGUAGUAGUUUCUAAAUAAACAGGAUUUUUUAGGAAGAAAAAGUAAAAAUUAUAAAAGGACACGAAUUGAGUUAACUGUUAGACAAACAAGAGUUGGAUAACAUCACAAAAAUGUAAUUGCGUAUGAUAUACUAUACGUGUGAUCUCUAAGCUAGUAAUUCAGUGGAAAAGGAUAAAAAGCGUUUCAACAAAAUGCCCUUUGGGACUUCAACAGGUUGGGCCAAAUGGGCUUUUGUUAUAAUGUGUAUUGCUCCUAUCUUAUUCAUAGUGGGUUUUGCAACCAAUUACUGGAUGCAAAAUGAUAGUACUACGGUGACAAGUGUCGGUUUGUGGAAAGCUCAGACGUGUACAUCUGGGACUUGUGACACUCAAAGUAUACCAUCAUCUUAUAAAAAUGAUAACUUCAGAGCCACCCAAGCUUUUGAGGUAAUGGCAUUGAUCAUGUUCCUUGUGACCCCAGUGUUUUUAGGGAUUUAUGUCUUCGCUGCAGGAGCCCGGACAUACAAUUAUGCAGUGUUUUGUAUGGUCAUGUGUUUUCUAACAGCUGUUUUGUUAUUUACCGGAAGUGUCCUUUGGAUAUUUGCACUUUUGACGAAUUUUUCCAUCGCUUGGUCUUAUGGAUUAACAUUGGUGGCUCUCAUUUUGGCGAUAAUAGCCGGUAUUCUAUUUGUUCCGGAAGUUCAGAAUUUUAACUACUUUUAUGGUCACUAUGAAGAUGAGUAUGAUUCUUACUACGAAAAACGGUCACGAAUAUCUCCAGGUAAUUAUACAAAAAAUUAUUCGCCUCGUCAACCAAGAUAUGCCAGAAAUGUUGACUCGCCGCCUUCAACAUCGUCAACUUCUGGUUCCGGUAGGACUAUUUCAACGAGCAUGAGCAGUUCAACAACUUAUGAUAGCAUGCCUCAGCCAAUGGCUGUAGAUAAUCCAAACACGCUGAAGGUUAACAACGUUAGCAACUUGCAAAGUUCACGUCCAACUUUCAACGAUGUCUCAGCUAUCAAACUUCAACGAGACCAAGUGUUUUAGGUUUUAGCACAGUUUUUGUUGUGUGAAAUAGAUAACAUUGAUUUGGAACAUCUAUCAACCAUAUUCUUGCAAAAACGUAGAUGAACAUUAGAGUAAAGACUUGUAAUUACAUGGUUGUACUGGAGAGUUAUCAGAAGUCGUUUGAGAAAUGAAGUUUUAGACUACCGGACUUUCACGUUUUGUUUUUAUUUAUUAACAUUUAUUGUUUUUCUUCAGUUUAAUUUGUUUAAGAUUUAUUUAUUUUCAUA